AUGUGUGCGCAGUCCGAGUGGAACUUUGCCAACUGCUCGAACAACUGUCCGCUCUUUGAGGGCUGCGCCGAGUGCACGGCUGCGCCGGGCGACGGCUGUGCGUACUGCCUCACCGAGGAGGUGUGCGUGGGCGGUGACGACGCCCACAAGUGCCGGUGUGCGCGUGAGUCGUGCGGAGUGUGUGAGGCCAAGACUGGGUGUGCCGAUUGCACCGACGAUCCUGCGUGCGGAUGGUGUGCGUCGGCAAACGGUGGCAAGGGCGGGUGCCUGCCUGCGUUUGACCAGCACGAGCCGUGCGACAAGGGCGCAUGUCCGGCGCCACUGGCCAAGAACUGGCAGUAUGGCAAGUGCGCCGUCAACUGCACUCUGUUCUCAGCAAGCUGUGCAGAGUGUACCGCCCACUACGCGGACUCGGGCUGCGAGUGGUGCGAGGCGACCGAGGCGUGCCUCGCCCCGGCGCAGUUUACCUCGUGUCCUGCGUGCCUGGUCUCGACCUGUCCCGACUGUGGAAGCUACGAGAGCUGCUCCGAGUGCAUCGGAGACGCAAGCUGUGGAUGGUGCUCCGAGUCUGAGGCGUGUGUGCCGGGAGAGGCCGGCGGUGCGUGCGGCGGGCCGCAGGUCUGCCCGGCGCCGGAAUGGAACUACGAGACGUGCGCGGCCGACUGUGCGUCACUCGAGACGUGCACCGCGUGCACGGCGAUGGCGACUGAGGCCGGCUGCCGCUGGUGUGCCGACGAGGGCAUCUGCCGCUUUGGGCCCGAGUUCAACGGGACAGCGUGCCGAUGCGUCCGUGACUUUUGCCCGGCCACCAGCUGUUCGGCGCUCUCGGGCACAUCUUGCGCACAGUGCGUGGCGACUCAGGGCUGCGGGUGGUGCCCCGAGACGGCGUCAUGCCUCUCGGGCUCUGACGCUGGGCCGUGCUCGUCCACCGCGCAGUGCAAGGCAGGAUGGUCGUACGGAACAUGUGACGGGACGUGCGGGCAGCACGGCGACUGCACGUCGUGUCGGGCCGACACCGAGGCGGGAUGUGGGUGGUGCGCUGGGACGCAGGCGUUCCCGGGCUCGCUCACGCCGGUCUCGCUCUGCGUCCAGGCCGAUACGUCCGACUCUGCGCCGGCCGACGGCCGGCAGUGCGCGCGUUGGUACGGCUCGCACAGCAGUGAGACGUGUCCAGCGUGCGGUGAUAGCGAGCACAACACGUGUCAGACGUGCACGACUGAUGCGUCGUGUGGAUGGUGCGGCGAGUUUUGUCGCGAAGGCGACGCCAACGGCCCGUUCAACUCCCCGGGCUGCUCAUCGUGGUCUUUCGGCGACUGUCAGUCCGAGUGCCCACUGGUGGGCAACUGUGGCGACUGUGUGCAGGUGCCUGAAUGCGGGUGGUGCAAGAACCCGCUGCACAUUGGCGGCUUUUGCACCGGUGUCGAUUCCAAGUCUCAGUGCUACGAGUGGCAGCCAUCCAACUGCGAGCCCGAGUGCGAGACGAACCUUGUGUGCUCGGCUUGCACCGCCAACUCGUCGUGCGGGUGGUGCGAGUCCAAGGGCUCGUCCGGCUCGACGGCGACGUGCGUGCGCGGGACCGGGCAAGGCCCGCUCGACACGACGUGCUCGCUCGGCUGGUCGUAUGGCCACAAGUCGUGUGUCUCGUCGUGUGCCCGCUAUCUCGACUGCGGCUCGUGCGUGCUCAACGCUGAUUGCGGAUGGUGCUCGGCAGCCGGUGGUGCAUGCAUGGCCGGCAAGUUUGACGGGCCGGACCAGGGCGUGUGUCCGCCCGACGACUGGACCCAUGCGCCGUCGGUCUGCUCGUCGCCGUUUGACAACUGCUGCUACUCCGGCCACAAGUCGUCGCCCAUCGCGCCUAACACCUGCCCGCGCGACUGGCUCUUUGCCUCGUGCUCGGCCGCCCUCCCCAUCCCGGCGCGCUCCAAGGAGCUCUCUCCCUGGGUCGUCGCCGCCAUCACCGCCGGCGCCAUCCUUGUCCCCAUCGUCGGCGGCGCCGCCUACAUGUACCGUCGCUACCUCGCCAAGUACGGCUACCCCGCACUCGAGGGGUGA